CGGUUAGCUAGCUCGUUUUAGUUACGUUGUUCAGUGACUUCGGCUGACUUGAAUUCACUUCCCAGUAUAUUCCCCAACUAAAGCGUAUCUUAAAGCCGUUCGCUCCGUCAUGUUUCCGCUGGUGUAGCAGGGGUGGGAGUUUCAGGUGACAGCAACAGUCAGCGCGGGGUCUCCAGCAUGGAUGGGGCAGCUGGAGACUCUUCGGCGGCUGAACCGAGCAGCAUGACGGCGGCUCCGAGUCAGUCCAAGCCCGCCACAGCCAGCGGAGUUGUAGUAUCAGAGAAAACGAUUCGCCCGGCUGGUGAUGAAACUUUAAAUGGAAGCACGGCGACGAGCUGUCAGAUCCCCGGUGGAGGCGGACAACAGUCCGACAACUCAGCGCCCGCUGUCCCGCACGUCAACGGACCUGCUUCCGCCAGCAAAGAAGCAGCUGGUACAGUUUUCCGAACUACUUUAAGUGCACAAAACGCCGUGACCUCGGCUGCAGUGACAACCGUACCCACAGUCACGCUCGUUAGGCCGCCUAUGCAAACUUCUAAUGGCGCACAAAGCGCAGGCAACCCAGCCACGGUGACAUCCUCACCAAGCGCGAGUGUCACCUGCGCAAUGACCGGCUCUACCCCCGUCAACAAAACGGACUCCACUAAAACUAUAAUGCAAACCGGAGUCCAAGUCGUGGCUUCCACUGGUGGGACUGGGACGAUCGUGAGGAGUCCGCCUGUCCUGCAAAGCGUGAGGACCACAGCUUCACCAACCAUCGCUGUCACUCCUUCUGGUGGGAUACGAACCAUUGCUCCACAGGUGUUGGGUCCUCGGCUCAGUCAGCCUCAACGAAAUGCCACAACUAUUCAAAACUACCAGCUCCAUCCAGGCAUGGUCUUCAUUCGCAGUGAGAGUGGGCACGUGAUGAUGAUUCACCAGCAGACCUUGGCUCAGAUGCAAGCUCAGGCCCAGUCACAAAGCGCCAUGACACCCCGACCUGCAGCCCCCACCAGCACUCCACCUGUGCAGGUCACUGCUCUACAGACUCCAGGUGCAUCACUGCUGGGUCGUCCUGUAACCCCCACCACCAUCAUCAAACAAGGUUCCUCUGUGCAGGCCACUGUCACAGCCACCACCACACUGCAGAGACCUCCUAUACUGCAGAAUACCAUUGUACUGGGAGGAAAUUCCACCGGAGCAUCUACCACAAUCCAGCCUGCAGCAGCAAUAACCCAGAGGAUGGGCGCCCUCGGGGCCAAGGCAACACCUGUCACUCCAACAGCAGUCACAGCUGAAACACUGGAGAACGUAAAAAAGUGUAGAAACUUUUUCUCUACACUUAUCAAGCUAGCAUCCAGUGGAAAACAAUCAUCUGAGACUACGGCAAAUGUCAAGGAGCUGGUCAAGAGCCUGCUGGAAGCAAAGAUAGAGCCUGAGGAUUUCACCAGUAGGUUGUAUCGGGAGCUAAACUCUUCACCUCAGCCAUACCUUGUACCUUUUCUUAAGAGAAGUCUUCCAGCUCUGCGUCAGAUGACUCCAGACACUGAGGCCUUCAUCCAGCAGAGCCUGCUGCCUCUGCCAAGCACUCAGCCUGCUGCCCCAGCCUCCUCUGCCCUCAGCGCUGUGGUACUGCGACCUCCCCUCUCCUCCGCUGCCACCACAGGCACGGCCACAACCAAAACUACCGUCAUCAGCCUGUCGCAGACGCCCAACAGUAAACCUGGACUGAUUGUGCCCCAGCAACAGGGGACUGUGGUGAGGCCCCAGGUGACGCUGACUCAAUCUCCCAUGCUAGCAAUCAGGGGUCAAGCUCCUAACCGCAUAAUUGUUGGUCAGGUGGUUAAACAAAUGCCAGCAGUUAUGAAACAACCGCUGGCUCCAGGGGUCAGAGGAGUUCAAGUGCUCAGUCAAGCCUCUGUUUUCGAUGCUCAGAAGAACAAUCUGAAGGAAGCGGCAGGAGGAACAUUCAGGGAUGAUGAUGAUAUCAACGAUGUGGCUUCCAUGGCAGGAGUCAACUUAUCGGAGGAAAGCGCCCGUAUCUUGGCAACCAGCUCUCAGCUUGUCGGCAUGGUGACUCGGUCCUGUGUGGAUGAGACUUUUCUCUCCGUCUCCUCGCUCACUCGGAUAUCUCUGGAAAUUGGUAAGAAGUUCGAUGUCAACAAGUUGGGCACACACGUGAUUAACUACAUAUCCCAUGCUACACAGCAACGGCUGCGGGUCCUCUUGGAAAAGGCAUCACAUGUGGCACAACAGAAGAACACAAGUUAUAAGGAGGACGAGCGAUACGAGCAGCUCAGCAACGUGCGAGCCCAACUCAAAUUUUUCGAGCAGCUGGAUCAGGUGGAGAAACUACGGAAGGAUGAGCAGGAAAGAGAGAUACUUAUGAAGGCUGCCAAGUCGAGGUCACGACAAGAAGACCCCGAACAACUCAGACUUAAGCAGAAGGCCAAAGAGAUGGAGCAGCUGAAGGAGGCUCAGAUCAGGCAGAGGGAAGCCAACCUAACAGCUCUGGCUGCAAUCGGCCCAAGGAAAAAACGGAAAGCUGACUCCCCUGUCAGGGGUGCAACUGCCGAGGGCGCAGGGUCAGGCCCCUCCCAGCCUGGAGGCUCCAGCGGAGCAGGCUCCAGACCGUUCCUGAGACAGCGCAUCACACGGGUCAACCUUCGGGACCUGCUCUUAUGUUUGGAGAAUGAGAGGGAGACCAGUCACUCACAGCUGCUUUAUAAAGGCUUCCUCAAGUAGCAGCUGGACUGAAGGAAGCAGUCUCAGGCACGGACUAUAAGGAAGCAAACCACGAGCCCGGAGCCUUCCAGAUGGCAUCUUCUUUGAUCUGCUAAAUGAUAAGACGUAGCCGAAGGAGAAUUAUGUGAAACACGAAGGAGACUUUUUAAAAGCGUCCUCAGGCCUUUUGUGUUUUCAUUGAUGAGCCGGAGCAAACAGUGGCCUUGACUUGAGCCAGCCGGUCGCCUCAGUUUGCUCUGC